UUUCUUGGAGCUUUUGUCCUUUUGAGAGAAGAAGGUGUCACUUUACAGAUCACUUAGCAAGAAUUGUGUCAUGAGGAAGUGUAUGCAGGGCACCUAGAGACAGAAUAUUUCCCUGGAGAAAACCAAGAGGGUACCACUCCCUAGAAGUCAGUGAAGGCAAGGGCUGGAGUGAAGUGUCUCUGAAGAGGCCAGAGGAUUUCAAGAAAAUGAAGCCUUUUUUUCACUUGCUUUUUGUGUUGGUUGCUGUCCCAGAUGUUCUAGCUUUUCCAAAUUUUGUCAUCGAAAAUGCCAGUCCUCUUCUGGAAAAUGCCUCUGAACACACCCGGGUCGCCAUAAUCACUAUGCCUGUCUCACCUCCCGCUUCUCUGAUUGGAGAUCCUAUUAUCAUUAAUGCGAAUCCUGUAGUCCAUCCAUUUGUGCUGUCUCGUCGAUCUACACAUCAGUGGGAAUUAUUCAUCACGGGAGUACCCAAGCUGGACUUUGAGACGGUGACUCUCUACUCCUUGAUAAUCUAUGCCAAAGACAACCAAGGGGCGACAGCGUCACAGACCAUUUUAAUACAGAUUGCUGAUGUGAAUGAACCUCCCACCUUCAGUGGAUCCCUUGCUCAGGGAGACCAAGUUACUGAGAUUUAUAUCCUAGAAGACACUGCCCUGGGCACAAUCAUUUACAGAGCAGCAGCCAAGGAUCCAGAAGAUGCUGUUUUGGAGUACUUCCUUUCCCCGGAGGCCUCUGGCUUCACAAUUGACAGCCUCGGAACAAUUUCUACAGCAGCAGUUUUUGAUUUUGAAAGUAAAACUAGAAGUUUCUCACUAGUUAUUAAAGUGGUUGAUCCUGGAGGACUCUUCACUGCUGGGAAUCUGAAGAUUUUCCUCAUCAAUGUCAAUAAUAAGGACCCUGUUCUUACCUGCAGCUUAUUCAAUAUUGAAAAUUAUGUCUCGAGUGUUACUUCUAUAAACUCAACUCUGCACAAUAAAAUCAACAUCACACUGGAUGAAGAAAUUCCAAUUGGGAAAACGGUUGGAGUAUGCCAGGCAACUGAUGAAGAUAAUUUGGGUGACUUAACCUUUGAACUAGAUCCAUGGAAUAUUUACUUUGCAGUUGACAAAGAGCAUGGGACCGUGGUUACUGCUGCCCGCCUUGAUGUGGAGAGAGCUGGGUUUGCGCGUGUCCAGUCCUUCUCCAUUAAGGCUUGUGACUAUGACCGGAGGUGUGCAUCCAUUCUAGUGACUGCCAAUAUCCACGGCAUAAAUGACAACUCACCUUUCUGUGAUCGGUAUCUGAUUAGGUACACAGGCAAGGAGGUGAUUGCAAAUAACACAGUAGUUGCAAAACUCUCAUGUCAUGAUCUUGACGACCCUCCUGAUACAAUACAUUAUGCUCCAAGCUCGGGGCCAAUUGGUUCUGGACAACUCUUUGAGCAAGUGCCAAAUGCUGAAAAUGUCAUCCAGGUUGCCAAAGAACUGGAUUAUGAAAACCCAGAGAUGAUUGCAGCUGGACAUAUCUAUGAAAUGAUGAUUUCAGUAUUUGAUGACCUACGUCCCUCCCACACAGUAACUGUGACGAUCAUUGUAGAGAUUGCUCCAGCCAAUGAUUUCAGCCCUGUAUUUAAAGCUGCGCACUAUUUGUUCUCUGUUCCGGAAACAUCAGGAGCUUUCUACAAAGUUGGAAGAGUGACUGCCAUUGAUGAAGACCACCCACCAAACUGUGUGACGUACAAAAUAACCAGUGGAGAUAUUCAAGUUGUACAAAGAUUCUGGAUUCACCCUCUCUCUGGAAUGAUUGAACUCACCACACAGCCAGACUACGAGACCGUGAAGCAGUAUAACCUCACCGUGGAAGGUGUGGACUGUGACAGAUUUCACCCUCGCACAGCAAUGACCACGGUCACUGUUGACAUUGAAGAUGAGAAUGAUGAAACACCUGUCUGCACACCCUCUUUCUAUAAGGCAGUCAUUUUUGACAAUGUUGUUGCAGGGACAAAUGUCAAUGGCUUCAAAUUAAACUGCCAUGACAGAGAUUCACAAGAUUUUGAAAUGCGCUUUGAGAUAGUUUCUGGAAAUGAGAACCAUCAUUUUGGAUUUGACCCAACUCGAGGUUCAAAUACUCCAAAAUUAAUUGUGAAGAACCCUUUUAACUUUGAAUCUGGAGGUGAACUGCAUCAGAAGUACCACCUCGUGGUCCACAUAAUCGAUGACAACCUGAAAUACAGCAAAGCCACCAGGCCCAGGACGGGCACCGCUAUUAUAGAUAUUUAUGUGAAGAGGGUCAACACACCACCUCCUCCAACUACCAGUUCUGAACAAAGAAAAGGUCUGACUGUUGUGUACACAGCUAUCAACACCUACACAUCCAGUGGCUGGUACAUCCCUUUUAUCUUCACUCUGAUGGCUGUUUUCUUUGCCGGGUUGGUUUCCUGGGUAUGUUUCCUGCUUUGGAGAUAUGGAAACACUAUGGGAUGCUGUCAGAAAAUGGCCAAGGAAUUUUCCAAGCCCAAACCCAAGGGUAUGAAGUAUAUUGCAGGAGAUAGAAAUCAAAAGGAAAAGAUUGUCAUUGGAAACAGAAAUAAAAAAACAGAAGUAUUGACAGAAACCAUUGUGUACGAGACCAUAUUUGAUGGAGAAGCUGUUGAUCCAGUUUCUGGGAAUGUGUAUGAAUAUAACAGCAGAACAGGUGCAAGAAAGUGGAAGAAGCCCCCCAGCCAUCAGGAGGAGUCCUUGUACUCCCUCCCAGAGACCCCCACUUCUGAGGAGCCCACAUCCUUAAAAAUUCCCAUGCAGGAGUAGUAUUUUCUUGUGUCUCUGAAUGAUUGCUUUUUUGUGUAUGUCACUGUCAUGACAAUUUUUACUUGGCAACCUGAAAUUAAAUUGUAGAUGUGAGGCCAGCUGCUUUGUUCACAGCUUUUUGUAAUCUUCCAGUUGGAGGUGUCUGGGUGAAGGCAACAGGACUGGUCGACCUUGAGUCUCUAAAUAUGCUUUGCUGAAAACUAGAGACUAAAUUGAUACAUGUUCACGGUCUGACUUUUCCCAGUGGAAGGUGUGCUUGUUAUGACUGGAGAUUUUGUUUUGCUCACUCCUGUAGUUCCAGCACAUGCUUGGCACAUAGUGGGGACUCCAUACAUAUUUGGGGAAUAAAUGAAUUUGAAUAUAUAAAUUUAGAUCUCGUGCCUUUAAUUCAAAUUUCUUAUAACUCCUAUGAUCCACAGAACACAAAUGGGAAUUAUCUUUAGAGAAGAACGUUUUUGGUUUCUAGUAGUCAAAAAAAAUAAAGGAUUUUUUUCAGUAUUUUUGAAAAGCACAAUUGAUCUUGCUUUCAAUUUUCUUUUUAUAGCACCAUGGAGAACGACCACCUGACAUUUUACUUAUUAUUAUUGAUGACUUGUCAAGGAAAUGUUGGAAUCCAUUGUUUUGAGAGCUAUGUACUUAGACAAAUAAGUUUUUAAAUACAUAUGAGCUCUCUGAUGAGCUCCCUCCUUGGGUAUCACAAGACAUACGACAGCAGGAGACUAAAGGGUUGUUGAUGGUAGAGACUAAGUCCACAUUGAACCCAAAA